ACACGUUACGUCACAUCCGCUGAGUGGACACGCCGUACGAGAUCCGCUCACGCAUCGCCCUGGUAGUCCGUAACGUACCGCAGAUUUCUGGAUCAAUCUCCACUUCUUCACGAUACCUGCACAUAGUGUAUACAUGUGACACGGCGGCCCCACUAAGAUGUAUGGAGUCUGCCUGAUGGUAGCAGAGUGUGGUGAACCUGUAUUGGAGGAAAGCUAGUCCACGGAUGGCCUGCCAGUCUGUCCAGUCUAUCGCUGCAAUCAUGGACGAGCAGGCCCUGCUCGGGCUCAAUCCAAAUGCUGACGCCCGAUACAGGCAGCGGGCCAUGGCCUACUUCGAGCAGCUGAAGGAGUCCCAGGACGCCUGGGAAGUUUGCGCCGAUGCGCUGGCUAAAGGCAUUUAUAAUGAUGACCAUGUGAAGUUCUUCUUGUUCCAAGUCUUGGAGCAUCAGAUCAAGUAUCGACACGAUGCCCUGAGCGGUCCUCAGCAGCAGCUCAUCAGAGAGACGCUGAUGAAAUGGCUGCAGGGACAGCUGAUGAACAGCCAGCCCGAGAAGCCCUUCAUCCGCAACAAGGCGGCGCAGGUGUUUGCGCUGACCUUCGUCAUGGAGUACCUGACCCUGUGGCCCAAGUUCUUCUUCGACAUCCUGUCGCUGGUGGGGCUGAACCCAAACGGCGUGGACGUGUACCUGCGCACGCUCAUGGCCAUCGACGCGGAGGUGGUGGACCGCGACACGCUGCACUCGACCGAGGCAAGGAAUCUGAUAUACAACAGCACCUUUCAAGACACGCGCAGGAACACCCUGAUCAAGGACACCAUGAGGGAGCAGUGCAUCCCCAACCUGGUGGAGUCCUGGUUCCAGAUCCUGCAGGCCUACCAGCAGACCCAGCCCGAGAUCACCUGCCAGUGCCUGGAGGUGGUGGGCUCCUACGUGUCGUGGAUCGACCUCAACCUCAUCGCAAACGACCGGUUUGUGAACCUGUUGCUGAGUCAGAUGUCCGUGGAGGAGCUCAGGGAGGAGGCGUGCGACUGCCUGUUUGAGAUCGUCAACAAGGGCAUGGACCCGGUGGACAAGACCAAGCUGGUGGAGUCCCUCUGCCAAGUGCUGCAGUCGGCCGGCUUCUUCCACGUCGAGCAGGAGGAGGACGUGGACUUCCUUGCCAAGUUCUCGCGGCUGGUGAACGGCAUGGGCCAGAGUCUGGUGCUGAGCUGGACCAAGCUGGUGAAGGCGGGCGACGUGAAGGCGGCCAACGACACGCUGCAGGCGCUGGAGGGCAAGGUGCCGCUGCUGCUGCAGCUGCUGGUGCAUGCCGACGACGACAUCUCCGCCAACAUCGUGGCCUUCUGCUACGACUACCUGCACGUGCUCAAACAGCUUCCACAGCUGACGGACCAGCAGAAAGCCAACAUAGAGGCCAUCAUGCUGGCCAUCAUGAAGAAGCUCACCUACGACGACGAGUACAACUUUGACAACGAGGGCGAGGACGAGGCCAUGUUCGUGGAGUACAGGAAGCAGCUGAAGAUGCUGCUGGACCGGCUGGCGCAGGUGUCCCCCGACCUUCUGCUGGAGGCCGUGCGGAGGGUCUUCAACAACACCAUGCAGAACUGGCAGACGGCGUCCUUCAUGGAGGUGGAGGUGGCCGUCCGGCUGGUGUACAUGCUGGGCGAGGCCCUGCCCGCCUCCCACGGGGCCCACUUCACGGGCGACGCCACCAAGGCCAGCGUGCUGCAGGAGAUGAUGCGCACGCUGGUGUCCUGCGGGGUGAGCGGGUACCAGCACACCUCGGUGUCCCUGGAGUUCUUCGAGACGGUCGUCCGCUACGAGAAGUUCUUCCUGGUCGAGCCUCACCACAUUCCAUUAGUUCUGGUGGCGUUUCUGGACCAAAGGGGCCUGAGACACGGCAGCCCUAAGGUCAGGAGCAGGGUGGCCUACCUCUUCUCUAGAUUCGUCAAAACCCUACAUAAGCACAUGAACGCCUUCAUCGAGGACAUCCUGCGGCAGAUCCAGGACCUCCUGGAACUCUCCCCGCCCGAGAACGGCUUCCCAGCGCUGCUGACCAGCGACGACCAGCUCUUCAUGUUCGAGACGGCGGGCAUCCUCAUCGUCCACGGCGACGGGCCGGCGGAGCGGAAGCAGGGGCUGAUGCGCAGCCUGCUGGGGCCCCUCAUGGAGGCCUUCGGCCUGCUGCUGGACAAGCUGUCCCGGGAGACGGAGGCCGAGCGGCAGGCGGCGCUGGGGGACUGCCUCAGCCACGCCGUGGGCUUCGCCAGCCGCACCAGCAAGGCGUUCAGCAACAAGCAGACGGUGAAGCACUGCGGCUGCACCCAGGUGUACCGCGACUGCCUGCAGGCCUUCCUGCCGGCGCUGGGCUGCCCCGUGCAGCGCGGCCCGCUGCGCAGCGCGGUGCGCUCCUUCCUCCACCGCAUGAUCAUCUGCCUGGAGGAGGAGGUGCUGCCCUUCGUGCCCGCCGCCUCCGAGCACAUGCUGAAGGACUGCGAGGCCAAGGACCUGCAGGAGUUCAUCCCCCUCAUCAGCCAGAUCACCGCCAAGUUCAAGGGCCAGGUGUCCCCCUUCCUGCAGCAGGUGUUCAUGCCCCUGGUGGUGGCCAUCUUUGAGAUCCUGGGCCGUCCGGCGGAGGAGAACGACCAGACGGCGGCGCUGGAGAAGCAGAUGCUGCGGCGGAGCUACUUCACCUUCAUCCAGACCAUCGCCAGCAGCGGCAUGAACGAGGUCAUGGCCAACCAGGGGGCGGAGAACAUCGAGAAGGUUCUGUUCACCAUCAUCCAGGGAGCAGUGGACUUCCCCGACCCCAUCGCCCAGAAGACCUGCUUCAUCGUCCUGUCCCGCUUGGUGGAGCUCUGGGGUGGGGAGGGUGGCAUGGUCGGCUUCCCAGACUUCAUCUACAAACACAUCGUUCCUGCCUGCUUCCUGGCCCCCCUCAAACCGACCUUUGACCUCACAGAUGCCCAGACCAUCCUGACACUUUCAGAAUGUGCACUUACAUUGAAGAUGAUUUAUAAUAAGCGGGGGCCGGAGUUCAUCCAGUUCCUGCAACAAGAUUACCUCCCCUCACUGCAAGUGGCUCCAGAAAUCACUCAGGAGCUGUGUCAAGUGCUACAGCAACCAGACGUCAAAGUUUUCAAAAACUACAUAAAGGCAUUCUUUCAGAGAGCCAAACUUUAGCUGUGCAGAGAAGGACAGAGAGGACAAACGACUGGAAUUCAUUGGGACUUCAAAGGACACUGCCGAGAGAAUAGUUGCCUGCGCCAUUUACAGACAAAACAAAUGGAACUUUAGCAUAGGAGCUGCUUUUUGCACUUAGAGAAGACCCCUCCCCCCCCCCCACACACAAAUACAGAGUCAAGCUGCAAAACAAAAACCUGAUCCAAGCCGGUUGAGGUGGGUGGAGGGGGCGACAGGUUCAGAGACCCAGCUCGCUGAAGCCAAGUCGGGCCUGGAAUGGGGGCCCCUCAAGGGUGACCCCUCCAGAGGCCUGACCCAAAAUACGACGUGUGUGUGUGUGUGUGUGUGUGUGUGUGUGUGUGUGUGUGUGUGUGUGUGUGUGUGUGUGUGUGUGUGUGUGUGUGUGUGUGUGUGUGUGUGUUACGACGAUGGGAACGCUCUGGAUUGGUGAUGAGCCACUCGGCGAGACGGAACUCCAUAUAUUUGGAAAAAAGGGCGACCGGAAAGAAAGUAGGAAAAGGCUUCCUCAGAGCUGGAACGCAACGAAAGGAAGCCCAGGUUAUUUUUUGGUUUUGAUCGCGCAUCUCGGAUGAUGUGCUGAAUAUGGCCUACGGUUCGAUUUCUUGAAAGCUAGCCUUGUUAGUUAGAAAGUUUUUAUUUAGAAAUGAUUUGUUUCAUCCUUUUGGACUGGUUUGGUGCCACGUGAAUCAUUUUGCAUACAUUUCAAUUUUUUUUUUAAGGGCUGAACUGUUUUAUGAAAUGUGUGUGUUCCUUUUUUUUUAUGCUGAUGAAUGCUUGAGAAAUUGUUUAGUUUCGAGUGACAUAAUUUGGGAGCUCCGAGCUUAAUGACCCUGGGUCAUUAUUGUACACCGAUUUAUGGAAGAAACAAAAAAAAAACUUUCUGUCGUGCAAAUCCAGCCGCAGCCUUCUGACAUCUCAUUUCCCUGUUCCGACCCCCUUGUUGAUCGCUUGACAAUUCUAUUUUUGUGACGGGGGUCAGCUGUAGAUAUCCAUGUGCUGUUUAUCUCCUGUACGGCGUAGCCCCAGAACGGUUCUUACCCAUAAGCCACCUCGUCUAUCGCGUGAACGGUUCGAGACCAAACCGCACCUGGUGGUCGAUGCGUCGGUCCAAGGGGAGGGAAAACGGUAACCCAAAACGAUGGAACUAAAAUGUAAAUAAGAGAAUACGAUGUACAUACAUUGCUGAGGUUUAGCUUUUUAAAAAGAAGAAAUGCAGGGUGAAAAAGGAAUGAUUCUCAUCAACUAAUGUUACUAAUGCAAAUAGUGUCCGAAACUUGAACCGGUUGGCCCUGUAUCUAAUAUCCACCAAGUAGACUCAAUCUCUACCGCUGUCGGGACUCUCAAUGAAAGGAUUAUGCAAUACUGUGAAGCUACCGGUCAACUUGCAGCCAAUAGAAAAGAGUGCUUCAUCUAACGCUAUGUAGGUGUUGAGGGUCCACCAAUCAGUGCUGCCUUGGGAUCUAAUUGUGUUUUGUUUAUUAGUUUUACGUGUCCGUAGUGUAUCACCUGCUACUCAUCUACAUCCUGGUUCACUUGUAAACCUUUUACUUGGUCAAAGCAGCGCUAAGCUCUGAGUGAAAACCUCCAUACGUUGCUGUGAUCACACACUCAAGUGUAAUUUUAAGACGACACACUUGAGUGCAUCUGAAAUAACCACACAUCCAUGAACUCUAAUUGCUUCUGAAAUAACCACAUCUAUUAACUGUACCCACCUGCACUCAACUGCUUUGAAGCGGUAUUGACGGGCUAUUCAUAUGCUGCAGUGGACUAGGCUGCUUAGUCAUCUUUUAAACUUUCAAGCACAUCAUGGAAUCAAAGACUAUUUCCCCCCCUCCUUCCUCGAACCAUUCAAUAAGCUUGUUUGAAGUCCUGUCUUACCACAGCAGGUAGAGAAGUGCUUCAGUGGGUACUUUUAAUAGAAAGCUCUUUGCAAGUUUAAACGUCUUAUGCAAACACAGGAAUACUUGAGUCUUAACCACAUGUCUAUUUUAACCACCUUGGAGCUACUGUACAUAGGUUUGACUAGAUUAGCCGAUAUCAGUUUUCUUUUGAUGGAUGCUCACUUUGCAGGGGUUCAUGACGAUGAGGUUACAUGGCACGUGAAUUAAUUUGGACGGCGAGGUUUGGCUCGGUUUUUGAUAUUGCAUUGAACUCUUCUGCUCGACCAUCGGAGUACCAAUAAAGUGUUAAAUAAUCUGGAGGAAUCAACUCAUUGGAACAUUGAUAAUUAUUGUAAUUCUAAUUUGCAUUUAAGCUCCAUGCGUCCAAAAGUUUGUUUGAUCGUAGGGGAAGAACACGAAAACUGCAAUCUUUGAUUGCAUCGGCUGUAACCAAGCAGUUUAUUAUAAGGCGAGGUCGCUCUCAAUAUGGCAUUGAUCGAUUAUCUACACAUACAGAAAAAAAAAAAAGAAGCGAGGACUUCAUUUUGUUCCGCUCAAAUAAAAAGUUUUCAAAAUAAAGUUUUUAAGAAUAAAACAAAUCAAAGAACAUCUCUUUGGGAUGUUUGAACAUCAGUCUUUAGAGGCCUUUUCCCAUCCGUUCAUUAGUUUUCCGUGAGCUGUGCCCACCACCAGACAGCUGCUUCUCCUCCCAAACGUCCCGGUUUAUGUGCAUAGAGUUCCCGGUAGAAGCGCGGCCGCCUCCUCAGCCCUUAAUCACCGCGAUCGGCCGGAGUUUGAUGGCUUUCUUGCUGAUGCCGGCGUCGUGGCACGUGUUCACGACAUCUGUGACGUUUUUGUACGAGUCGGGAGCCUGCGGACACACGAAUGUUAAGAAAACCGUGAAAAACAGAAACGUGUGUAGGACCGUCUGACUAUAAGCUGCAGUGUAUCGAUGCCCCUACCUCCUCCAUGACGAGCUUGGGAGAGGCGACCCUGAUAGCGAUGCCCUGGUCGGCCAGUUUGUCCAGCACGUCCUGGAAGUCGAAGUUACGACGGGCUUUCGCUCGGGAUAGAGCACGACCCUUUGGAACGAAAAAGACAACACAGGUUCAAUGCUUGUUGAUUAAAGGGUUUGUAGUGGGACACUCUUUCAGCUGAGGGAUCGCCUGCUUAACGAUACAUGGCGGAACCUCAGAGCUUUUAUAAAGUUCUACCGAAAGGAAGAAGGCAAGCAAGUUUAUUUAUUGUAAUAGUAGU